UACAAAUUAUUUAUAUGGCAAUUACACUAUUUUGGACGUUUUUUCUAUUUUCUUUUUUAUUAUUGUUUACAUUUAUUUUAACAAAGCCAACUUUUAUCAAAAAGGAUAAUUUUGAAGAAGAUGUAGAAGAACAAGUUAAUGAAGAUGAAAAUAAUGACUUCCCAAGUGUUGAUAUUCAAACAAAAAAUGGCCAACUUAGAGGAUUUCGUAUUCAAUUGGAACCUCCAUCUUUGUUGUCACAACAGACAAGAUAUCGUUUAGCCGAUAUAUUUCUUGGAAUUCCUUUUGCUCAACCGCCAAUUGAAAAGCUUCGUUUGGAGAAACCUUUAACACCAAAAAAUUGGAAUGGAACUUUGGAUGCAACAACAAUUCCACCAGCUUGUGUUCCUCAACAUAUCUUAGCUGCUCCAGAUUAUUCAGAAGAUUGUCUUUAUUUAAAUUUAUUUAGACCAACUACUGAAAAUAAAAAAAGAACAGUUCCAAACACACCUGAACAACACAAAUUUCCAAUUCUUGUUUUUAUUCAUGGAGGAGGUUUUUGUGUUGGAGGUACUUUCCUUGAGGGCUACAAUAAUAUUGCAAACAAUUUUGUCUCUCAAGGCAUUAUAGUUAUCACAAUUCAGUAUAGACUCAAUUUUCUAGGAUUUUUCUCUGACGGAACAAAAAAGAAUCCUGGAAAUCUCGGUCUUUGGGAUCAACAUCAAGCUCUUGUAUGGAUCCGUCAAAAUGUUGCAACAUUUGGUGGUGAUCCAAAUCGUGUGACUGUUUGGGGGCAAAGUGCCGGAUCUGCCUCUACAUCUAUACUUUCCAUUUCGAAAUAUACAAGAGAUUUAUUCCAACAAUCAAUCCAACAAAGUGGAUCCCUCUUUUCACCUUGGGCUUUGAAUGAGGGAGUUUUAGAAUCAUCAAAGAAGACUUUAAAAAGUGUUGGUUGUCCGACAAAUGGAGCUGAGGAAGAAUGUUUAAAACAGAUUGAUGUAGAAGAUUUGGUGGAAGGAAUCCAGAAACUUGUAAGGGAUUUUUUUAAAUUUCGGUACUUUUCCGUUUAUUCCCACAGUUUUUGA